AUGCAUCAUGAUUGUCCAUCACCAAUAGUUCACCGAGAUAUAACAAGCAACAACAUUUUGCUUGAUGUGGAAUUUAGAGCUUGCAUCUCUGAUUUUGGUACGGCUAAAAUCCUCAAUGUUAGUGGCCCGAAUAUCACAAGCCUUGCUGGUACAAAAGGCUAUCUUGCUCCAGAGCUAGCGUACACAGAGAAUGUGACGGAGAAAUGUGAUGUAUAUAGCUUCGGAGUGCUCGUUAUUGAGCUUUUUUUGGGAUCCCAUCCAGGCGAUUUGCUCUCAUCUAUCUACUUGACAACCAACAAGAAUGAUCUGUGUCUGAAGGAUCUGCUGGACUCCAGGCUCGAGCUUCCGGGCGCUGAAACCGCUAGAGAAAUAUACAACAUGCUCAGCAUUGCAGUUCAGUGCCUAGACCCUAACCCAUCACACAGACCAACAACACGGCGUGCUAGUGAUGAGCUAUCUUCUGGGAACCAAAGAUGUGACGAGCUAGACCUCGCCGACACAUCCAUGACCGGCUCCUCUUCCGUCGCCACCCUCGGCAACUUCCCCUUCACCCAUGCUAUCAUCGAGAAACCGAUGAAGGAGAACCACAUCUUGUGGAAGGCCUUCAUCGACUCCAAGCGAGAGGCAGCGGGCAACUCGUUGUAUGACUCCUGA